UACGUACGCAUGGGAACCUGCCCGCUUCCAUCGUAUCGCUGACUCUUCCCUGUGUCUCCGAGUAGCCGAUUGUCUGCAGCCCGUGUUUCCAUUUCCCUUCUUCAAUGCAAUGCAGAGCACAGUCCUUAGCACCGCCUUCGAGACCAAAAGUAACAUCGUCGUAUCGGCCCCGACCAGCUCGGGGAAGACGGUCAUCUUUGAGAUAGCAAUUGCGAGGCUGCUCUACACCACACAGCAACAGAAAGCCCUCUAUCUAGCUCCGACAAAAGGUCUCUGUUCAGAAAGGACAAAGGAUUGGGCUGCCAAGUUUCAGCAUCUCAACGCGCCAGUCGUCGAGCUGACGGGCGACAGCAACGCUCUGGGUCUUGCAAGCGCUAAAGAUGCGAGGAUCAUCAUCUCGACACCGGAGAAGUGGGACUACAUCACACGGCGCUGGAGCAAAAACGACCAUAUCCUUCGUCACAUCAAGCUCUUGCUCAUUGAUGAAGUCCACUUCCUUCGCGAGAGGAAUCGCGGGCCAUGUCUCGAGGUGCUCGUAUCGAGGAUGAAAGACAAGGUCGACGACUUGCGCGUUAUCGCACUAUCUGCAACUGUCCCCAACGCUGACGAUAUUGCCGAAUGGGUCGGGUCUAAUGCGACAGACUCAGACAUUGACGAGUGCGGAUCCCCAAAGACCACUGCAGACCUCUUCACCUUUGGCGAAACAUAUCGCCCUUGCCCUUUGCGGAAGUACGUGUAUGGAUAUGCCAACCCUGAAGGAGAUUACUGGAAGCUAGAGGGAAAUCUGAACAGCAGAAUCAUGCAAAUCAUCCAAGAGCACGCAAACGGAAGGCCAGUUCUUAUUUUCGCACCGAUGAGGAAGUCAGCUUCCAACGCUGCAGAGGUACUUGCCAAUGAGUUCGACAGGCUCUGCGAAGCACGAAAUAGGCCAUGGGACCCCCCUCUCCCUUCGAUGACUGCCAACUACGAUGAUCCAAACCUCAACGAAUUGGCUCCUCGAGGGGUAGCAUAUCAUCAUGCGGGCCUCUCACCUCGCGACAAAAGGCUUGUGGAGUCUGCCUUCCUCGAGGGAAGAUGCUUUGUCCUUGUGUCCACCUCUAGUCUGGCCGUUGGAGUCAAUCUGCCGGCCUAUCUCGUCAUCAUUCGAGGGACCAAACUUUACCAAGGGCAAUGGACUGAAAUGGAUGACCUUGACAUUCUUCAGAUGAUGGGCCGCGCAGGACGUCCUCAAUUCGAUAGAGAGGGAGUUUGCGUCAUCAUGACAGAGAACAACCGAAAAGAUUACUACGUAGCUAUGGCCCGAGGCGAGACACCUAUCGAAAGCACGCUCCAUCUAAGCCUCAUCGAGCACGUCAAUGCCGAAAUUGGUCAAAGGGAAUCUUGCAGUCAAGAUUUUGUGGAGAAUUGGCUCCGGGGAACUUUUCUCUUUGUUCGGAUGAAGAAGAACCUCCGCCACUACCAAAUUGAAGGAGCUGGUGGCAUGAAUGACCCGGAGCAUGGGGUCCAAAACCUUUCCCGACACCUUUUCAAGAGUCUCCGGGAACACGAGCUCUUGCUUGACGCUACGCAAGAUGGCAGAUCAGAGAUCGCAUGCUCCCACUAUGGUGAUCUACUCGCAAGCUACUUUAUCAGCUUCAAGACGUUCCUUCGGCUUCUGCGCGUUAAACGUGGAGCUUCAACGAGCGACAUCCUUCAGGUACUGUGUCUUGCUGAAGAGUUUUGCGAGAUCCGCAUCCGCCACGGCGAAAAGGGCGUCUGGAACAAGAUUCGCACCUUGUCGCAAAUCCGCUUCCCACCGAAAAAGGUUACAAACGCCACCGACAAGCUCUCUAUUUUGAUCCAGGCCGUUCUUGCCGGGGUGAAUGUCUUGGACAUCUUCAAAGAGGAGGGAGAAGUCUUCAAAGCAGGUUUUCAGUCAGAGGCCAGGCUCGUCUUUCGCCAGGCCCCUAGAAUCCUCAAAUGCCUCGUUGACAUUGCUGUCCACCGCGAAGACGGAAAGACGGCGAAGGACGCUUCUGAGCUCGUUCGAUCAACCUCCGGCCAGGCUUGGGACUCGAGCCCUGCCACGCUUCGACAGCUAGACAAUAUCGGGGAGAAGUACAUGCAACUGCUGAGCGAGGCGGGCAUCAAGUCGAUUGGAGAUGUGGCAGACUCGGAUCCACUCCGUAUGGAGCACCUGCUCAAUCGCAGAUCGUCCAAUUUUGGUUUCAAGCUCGUCCAACAGGCUCGAUCUUUUCCGGAUCUUGAUCUUAUGAUCUCCGAAGUCAAGCACAAGCGCUUUGAUGACUGUGUCGAGUCUCGUAUCGAGCUGGCCAUCGAUCUCAAGAACAGCAACAAAGAGGUCAUCAAUGUAUGGACAGCCGAAAAGCAGCCCCGAUAUAUCAUUUGUUUGACGACCUCUUCGGAGGGAGAGCUUUUCGAUUACAGGCGCAUGUCGCGUCAAACCUUUCAAAAUUGCUUGCAGGCUCCACAAAUCUAGCGAGAGAAUCUUCACGACGGUCGCAUGCGAAGACCUGGCAGGUUCGGCCAUCAAUGCCGAGAUUCGCUCCCAAGCACCGGCAAUUGAUUUCCCCGAAGAGCCGCUUCAUGAGAUAUUCCUUCAGGAGAGCUCAAAAGUGGGUCAAACAGACCACUGCCGUUCUGAUCAUUGUUACUGACUGACGUUCCAAGGCCCUGGAAGGACUCAAAGCUUCCGAUUUCGCCGACGACCUGGAGGAGAAUACUGAUGCGCCCAACUUCAGACUGGGGCCUUUGA